AUGGAAAGAAAUUUAGCCUUGCUUUUCUUAUUUCCGAUCUUCCACGCUGCUAUCGCUGCCCCGUCGCCGAUUGAAAAAAUAUCCGAGAGGAAACCAGAACACAUCGUGCAGAUUGGAGAAGAUCUGUUAACGAGAGUAAAACGUCAAUUUGGAUUUGAUGGGCCAUUUGGUGGACCAUUUCGUGGACCAUUUGGUGGACCUUUUGGUGGACCUUUUGGUGGACCUUUUGGUAGACCGUAUGGAUUUGGUGGUCCAUUCGGCUUUCGUCGUUCAUAUUUCUACGGUCGUCCGUUCGGCUACGGUCGUGGAUACGGAUGCCGUCGCUGCUGCAGAGGCUGUGAGAAGAAGUAA